AUGUCCUUCAACGCAAACUCCCCUGAGUCGCACCAGAGCAAGGCAGACUUGCAGCGCCAGUACAGAGAGAACCAGGGAGAGGGAUUCGCGGAGCUUCAGCAAGCAAUUCGUGAUGUGACAGACGGGAGGGUUGACCCAGCGAAGCGCCAUGAAAUACUGAUCGCAGGCAUGCAGUCUUUUCUGUUAAUAUUCGAUCAACUAACCCACGACACUCCAGCUGCACAGAAAAUCAGAGAGUUCAGUCGUCUGAAUGAAGAGUUGCGCAGACAGCUCAACAGUAUGCUUCAAUCGCAAUCGUCGUGGGGAGCGCAAGGCCCCUAUGCCCCUGUUAACUUCAGCACUGCGCAGUAUUCCAAUCAAUAUUACCCGGACCAUGCUGCGCAGUCAGACCCGAACUUCUUUGGAGGAUACCCCGGAUAA